AUGGUGUCAUAUCAGAACGGAUUGGAGUGGGUGUCUGCGGCUUUUGGCCUAGAGCCGCGCUGGACCCAGGAGCCGGACGUCAAAAUCAUUGCGCAAAUUGCACGCAAGCACCUGGAUCUUCACGAACAAGUCCAGAUCGAUGUCAGCUUCCACGCUCAAGGAGCGUUCAACAAGCUCUACAAGAUCACGGCGGCUGGUCGAGCAUGUCUCAUGCGCAUUUCUCUCCCUGUGUAUCCACGCCUCAAGACGCAGAGCGAAGUCGCGACCAUUAACUUUGUCCGCCAAGAGACGGACAUGCCUGUGCCACGCAUCUUAGCCUUCGACGCAAGUAACAAGAACGAGCUGGGUUUCGAAUGGAUCAUGAUGGAGAUGGUUUCCGGUACGACGCUCAGGAAGCAGUGGAGGAAGAUAUCAUGGGAAGCGAAGCAGACCAUCGUGCGACAGUUGGCGCAUUAUCACGCGCAGCUGUACGAGAAGCCAUUCCCAAAAAUUGGUAACCUCUUCCCAGUAGUCCAAGAAUCCGCUUUCUUUGAGUUGGGACCCAUCGUCUCGCUGGUAUUCUUCUGGGGAGACCAUCUUAAGCACGACGUGCCCCGAGGGCCUUUCAAGACAAGCUACGAAUGGCUGAAGACUCGGCUCACUUUCGCUUUGGCCGAUCAGCAGCGCAUACUGGAAACUUCGGAUGAUGAAGACGACAUUGAAGACGCCGAAUUCUCGAUAAAGUUGGCAGAGGAUGUGGCAGAGCAGCUACCAAAGGUCUUCCCACCGGAAGCAGCCAGUGAACAAAACGUUCUCUUCCAUGACGAUCUAUCCAUGCAAAAUAUUAUGGUCGAUGAGACUGGAAAACUGGCUGCCAUAGUCGACUGGGAGUAUGACGAUGACGAAGAGCAGGAUCCUGAUGCUCCUGAUAACGAGGGCGUUAAUAGCCUUUACUGGGAGCAUUUGCUCGAGUAUGAACAAACAGAGCUUCGCAAGUUGUUCAAACAAGAAAUGGCGGAGCUUAACGCGAGCUGGGUCGCCACUAUGGAGUCCAGUACACUCCAAUCGGACUUUGAGCAAGCUAUUCACAACUGCGACAACAACUGGCAGUUCAAAGUGGUGCGUCAGUGGCUAGACGCGUUCAAGCAAGGCGAUGUAGAGAGUCUGGCCGCCAAAAUGAUUGAGUAG